AUGAUUUUUGAGUUUCUUUCAGCGAUUUCGGCGAUUUCGGCGUGCAUUGGUCCGAAGAUUUCAACGAUUCUCAAUUGCGACAUCAUACGACCUGGCAAUGAUGUCAUCGAAUUUGCACGACCAAUGGAGGUCGGCGAUGAGAUUAUUUUCACCGGGAGAUUUCUAGAAGCAGAUCAGCUUGUCGAAAACAGAACAAGUUUCGACUUAGUAACUGAUUAUAAUGAAUUGGCGGUGCAUCUUCGCAUUGACUUCGACAUUCCUGAUCAACAAAACUCAAAGAUUCUCAUCAACAGUUUUUCAUAUGAUCGACUGUGGAAAAAAGCAAUGUUGAUGGAAAGCCCCUUCGAAUCCGGCCAAGUUUUUAUAAUUCGCGUGACCGCCGUGCUCGAAUUGCGCGCUCAAAGCAACGGAAUCAUAAUGCGAUUCAAAAUCGAUUUUGAGACUGAAUCGCAACCUUCGAGAAUUACCCUCAAUAGUCAGUUUGUCGAUGAGCCGUGGCAAGAAGAGCAAGUUAUCGAAAAUCCGUUCUCGCCUGGACAGGCUUUGGUGAUUCACAUCAAAAAACUCAAUAACAAUUAUGAAGUGGAUGUUGGGCAUGGAGUCUCGACGAGUUUCGCUCACCGAUUGGAUCAGGACGAUGGGAUAACCGGGAUUAAGCUAAAAGGCGACUGGACUGUCACCAAAGUCGAAGUGUAA